CCUCCCUCUUCUGUUGCUUUAUCAGUCUCUGGAGGCUCCUGUGAUCUCUGCUCUCUUGAGGUAAAAUGAAGAUAUGACUACACAGAGAGGGUUGGAAAGGGAUCCUGUGAUCUUUUGACUUCCAUAAGAGAUCAGAUAAGUUCCUGAACUCACUGUCCCCUCAGUCAUCUGCACUGUUACAUUUUGUGUUCUUCCCUUUGAUUUGUGCAUGAAGCAAAAGUCCGGAAGCUUGACCAGGAGUGGUGGUAUGAUGCAAAAUACUCCUCUUGGAUGGAGCCCCGAAGCUUUUCAGACUCUAGAAGUCUAAGCAGCAGCAUUACCAUGGAGGUGUGAAAAGGGGACGUUAAUGGUGCUGCUUGCCCAGAGACUACAGGGUCUGGUAGACUUAUUCAAGUGUUGGUAAGUGGCUCUUUACAGACUUUGCUCUGCACCUGCUGCCUUUCACUGGUGGUAGAGUUUGCUCCACUAACUCACUCUGGGGCUAAGACCAAAGCUGCUGCUUCAGUGUUCUUAGGUGAACUAUUGGUCUGGACAGUCAGUCCUUUCCCCCCUGUCUCCAGAACCCAGUGUGGAAAGUGAAUCCAAUACAUGUCAUCUUCACAGCGAGGAAUAAACUGGCUUGCUAGCCAGAUUGGCUUUCCCUUUACAAAAGAGAGCUUGGGAGGAGAGAGCAAAAUGUCCAGAGAAAACCUUAGUUUGGAGAUAUUCAUGCCUUUACCUUCAGCUAGUAGAAUUGCAGUCUAGGUGGACAAGUAUUUCUCUGGGUUUGAAGCCUCCUCCGGCAUGGAGAUUGCUUUAGCUGUCGCAUGCGUGCAAUGCAAAGGAUUUUAAGCACUGGCAUGUGAAACACUUGAAGUGCCCAGCAGGACUUGCUCUAAAUGGUUAAACUUUGCCUGGUGGUUCUGACAAGCCUCUGAGCUGAUGGUGUAGGGCCCAUCUGGCUCUUGCCUGCUCUCAGCUGCCUGGUGCGUGCUGCCAGCAGCCACCUCCGCAUGUGACCUGUAUUAGAGCAUCCUUGCUCCCACUGGUACAUACUUGCAAACUUGUCUGUUCAGGACUUGAAGCGAUGAUGUUUGGCUUUUCACUGAAGAGCUAAAAUCUGGACAUGCUUUUCCUUUUUCCACAGGGCAGUAACCUCUAGCAGAGAGGAAGGCAAGCAGCAGGGAGCAGUAGGUGCCAGAGCUGUGUAAUGCUGUGAACUAAGAAAACCUCUCCAAGCGGGAAGAAGUGCUGAUAUGUUCACCUUGCAGCAGCUCUAGAUCUGCUUGCUUAGCCCAGGAGUGUUCCUGCAGACUGCCACAGCCUCUAGAGACUGCUGUGGAAUGAAAUGGAGAAACAUCUCAUGGAGCUACAUGUAGGAGGAGAGCAGACACUGACUGCGACACAGACAGAUGAACAUUGCUGCAGAAAUUUGCCCUCUUCUAAACUGCCAGAGACAGCACAGAGCCAUGAGACAGAGCUGGAUCCUGCUGGAGUGCAAACAUUGGGACAGCAUCUCCAUGUUACCUUUCUCCUUCUCUCUGGAGAUCAUGAAAGCAAUCGUUUAAAAAAGAGGGGAGUGUGAUUCAUGUUCAGUCAGCUCCAGCCCGAUUCGUUACAGGAUUCUUCUGCAACAAGCUGGAGAAGAGCCUCUGGUCGGUUAUUUCUGGCAGCACCCAGGCUGGUUACAGCAGUUUUGGGCAUGGAGAGCAGUCACUAACUCUGCAAACAGCUGGUGACCGGCUUCUUAAUGUGGGAGCUGAGAUCUUGGCUACGCUUGCCACGGGGCUGGCAUCAGCUCCCACACCCUGAACAUUUCCAGCUCUGGGAGGUCCUGUCUCAGCACCCCUCACCUCCGGCCGCUCAGCGAGGCGUCACUCCAGCAUCCCUCCAGGAUCCAAGGGCACCCGGACACCAGCUGUAUUUUUCUUUUUUAUUUUUAAUUUGUAACGUGCAUUUCAAACCUCUCGCGUGUGAGAGCUCCCUGCAGCAGGCGGAGAGGCUGCAUCUCGCUGCCGGGCUCCGGCGGCGGUUCCCCCCCCUCUCCCCGCGGCGGGCGGUUGUUCCCCGCCCCGGGGGCCGGGGCCGGGCUGGGGCGGCCCCUCGGCCGGGAGCGCUCCGGGGCUCUGCUUCUCCCCGGGGAAAAGCGGGGCUCUUGGGCCCCGGGCACCGCUGUCAGCUGGAGGGGGCGGGAGCUGCAGCCUUGGAGUAGAAAAGGAAGAAGGCGGCGGCGGGGAGCGGGCGAGCGCCGGCCGGGCAGCGGGGGAGGCGGCGGGGCUGCGCCUCGCUGGCACCGCGGGCUGGAGGGGGAUGCGGCGGGGCGGCGAUGCUGUGCCUGGACCCCCGUCUGCCUGAGGAGGAGAAGGACGGCACCCUCCGAGGGGAUGGAGGAAAGUGGGGGGAGAAGGCAGCCCAGCUCGCACCGAGCCUGCUGAGCUCUCCCGGGGAGCGCUCGGGGCUCGCCGGGCACCCGAGCAAAGUUUCCCGAGCUCGGUGAGGCGAGGAGGAGGUAUGCGAGAUCCUUCUCCUACACAGCUGGGCUUCCAGCCCCGGCCCUGCUGGGGCUAGCCGCGGCUUUGCCAGCCCCGACUGAAGGUGAGGGGGAGACCCGGGGCACCCGCUCCCUCCAUCGCCUUCCCCUGCUCCACGCUCCAGCCCAGGUAAGUGCCCAUCCCCUCCAGACACUGGGGGUCUCUCCAGCCCUGCCGGAGACUUCCCCAGCACUUUGCCCAGGGAAAAAGUCUGUUGCUUCUCCCGAUAGCUAAAGGGUGCGUGUGUGUGCGUGUGAGAGAGUCUCUCCGUGUGCAGGGGGUGGUUAUAGCUGUCUGACUGCGGUUUCUGUUUGCUGAUCACUGUCAUUAUUUCACUGUGCCAUCACACCUCUAGAAAGGAGACUCAUCUGGGUUCUGUCAAAUAUUUUGGCUGUGUUGCUGCAGUGAGAUGGUGUGGAAAGGAUGACAACUCGAUUCUCCUCACUACAACUGAGGGAAGCAUGCUUAGCUGUGCAUGCUGGUGUGGCUUUAAAUGAUGCUCCUAAAAUGCUGGUUGAAUAUGUCAGUAUGCCCUUUGAGCUCCAGGAGCUCUUGGAGCUGUGAAAGUCUGUCUUUGUCCCCCUGAGAAUAUAGGGAGGCAUGGAUAUCGCCCUGGAAGGAAUCACUGUAGCCUCUGGAUUUCUGUGGCUGUAGCUUGGAGAUACAGAUAGAUAUUUUUGUGUAGCAGUGCUCGGCAGUAAUGCAUUUCAAGCUGAAAUGUUGUUUGGAGAAAAAACCUAGACGCCAACUGAUAAGAAAAGAACCUGUUUCACACAGAGAGCUCAAAGAGAACUUUUCACACUCCUGAUGGAAAGGAAGUUGGUCAUUUUGGACAGAAUAAUUUGGCUGGAAAUUUUGUCAUUUUUGAACCCAUUAACUUUGCUGAAUUGGAAGGUAAAAGCUGGCAGAUAUCGUCAGGCAGGACAGCAGUGGGAGCUGACCCACGUCAGUGAGGUCUUGUGGCUGCAAAGGGAAUGGAGAGGGACCCUACUCCCCACAGCAUCAGUGUGGGCUCUACGAGAUGACAGGAGAACAAAGAUGUUUCUGUUGUACGUGGCAAUCAGAAUAAAGAUGGGCUUUGUGUUGUUGCAGGGUCUUAUCAGGUAGAGGAUGGUGUAAGGCAUUGUGUGGCUUUGGUUUGUUUUUUUGCUUGAUCCUCCACUGUUUACUGGCUUUCUCAUCCCCAUUUCAUCUGGUUUUCCAGCAGGAAUCCCCUGUGUAUAAUCCCUGAUAUUUUAUAUGGAGAUCGAGAGAAGAGCAAAUGGCGAUCUGCUUUCUGAAUGUUCCCAGUCAUAGAAUUAUUUAGGUUGGAAAAAACCUUUGAGACCAUCAAGUCAAACCAUUAACCCGGCACUACCAAGACCACCGCUAAACCAUGUCCCUAAGCAUCACAUCUAUGUUUUUUGGACACCUCCGGGGGUGGUGACUCCACCACAUCCCUGGGCAGCCUGUUCCAAUGCUUGAUCACUCUUUCAGGGAAGAAAUUUUUCCCAAUAACCGAUCUAAACCUCCCCUGAUGUAACUUGAGGUCAUUUCCUCGUGUCCUGUCACUUGUUAUCUGGGAGAAAAGACCGACCCCCACCUGGCUGUAGCCUCCUCUCAGGGAGCUGUAGACAGUGAUAAGGUCUCCCCUCAGCCUCCUUUUCCCCAGGCCAAACAGCCCCAGUUCCCUCAGCUGCUCCUCAUAGGACUUGCUUUCUAGACCCCUCACCAGCUCCGUUACCCAUCUCUAGACAUGUUAUAGCACCUCUACGUCCCUCUUGUCGUGAGGAUCCCAAAACUCAACACAGUAUUCGAGGUGCAGCCUCACCAGUACCGAGUACGGCGGGAUGUACUGUUGGUUACGCCGUGGUGCAUGUGCAGGUCAUGUCCUAGCCCUGUGAUGGUGCUAUCUUCCAAGGUCUUCUGUCCUCAGGCUGAUGGGAGAGGUCCCCACUGCAAGCAGGGCUCCCCUUAGAUUCUCCAGUGUCUUCAUUGCUUUCUGCUGGGAAAGGUCUGUUACACCGUGUAGGUGUCCCAAGCAAAGAGGAUGGGAAAGAGGUUUUGUCUUGGACAUAGCAUGACCAGAACCCUUAUGGUGCAGCUAUAGAAAGGGUGUGACAGGUCCCAGAAUUUCUCGUACAGUUCAUGUGAGAUCUCAACCUUGGCUCUAUUUUUGACCGCUCCAGCUAGCUCUGUCCCAUGGUUCUGGGUAUAUUUCCAUAUACAUAAUGUGACUGAGGCAGAUUUGGUUCCCUGUGCUGUUCUUUGAUGCCAUCUCAGCAGGUUUGGUGGCUUGCUCCCUCAGUCACCCCCGGGUGCUUUUAUUUCCCACCUAAGGGUGUGCAACACAAACCCUCGGAUUAUUGUCGCUACAGCUUCACCCUUCGGGCAGUGUCACAGCCCUCGUGUUAGACCUGGCCCUUGGAACUGACAGGCGCCGGUGUUGCGGCCGCAGAUGUAUCUGAGGAGGUCCAGGGCCCUGGGGUCUGUCACACUGCCUGCUCUGGUCUCUGACCUUUUGUGCAGGCUGAUACUAAUGCAUCCCCAGACACCCAAGCUAGGACGGUGACUCCUGGCAAGCUACUCAGCACUGCUUUAGCCGCGGUGGUUUAUUUGCAAACUUCCUUUCUUCCCUCUUUGCUUGCCAGGAGGCAGGUGGCUGUGUCCCUGGGCACAACCUGGGAGCUGUCUGCCUGUCCUAGGGUGGCCCAAGGAGCAGCCAGCGUCUUCUCCAGUCAAGUUGCAGGGUGAGAGGUCUCUGUCCUUAUGUGCCACAGCCCUAUUUCUGUACUGUAGAGCUGGUCCUCUCUUCUUCUGGGAAGCGGCCAUGAAGGCCUGGGAAGGAGAUGGUGACUGUACCCACCCUGAGUCCAGCUGGAUCAUUCUCUCAUGUCAUUUAUCCUUCCAGAGCGGAUCUAUGGUUCUCUUUUACCUGCUGGGGUGAGCUGUCCUUGGAUGGGCUGCCCUGGUGUAUCAUUGUGAUGGUACCUGAAAGAGCCCUCUUAUCCCCGUUCUCCCCUGUUACAGCCUGGGGAGGUCCAGCGUGGAUUUUGCCCAAGGUUAAGCCCCUACGUUCAUGGGGCUGUAACGAUGAACAAAAAUUGUCAAGCAGAGAAAUGAGCUACCAGGGACUGUACAGGGUGAUAUCGCUGCAGCCUUGAAAGCAGCCAGAAACUGGCAUGGUCUCUUUGGAGCGACUACAGGUGACCACUGACAGAUGUGAUGGGCAACAGGUUGAAGCUAUUCUUGAAAAUCUGGGUGGGAGUAUGACCUCUGGUCUCUGCCGUGCCGAGGAGCAAGGGCAGGUGGCUGGUUUGUACAUCCUGACAGAGCACAGCAGCUGUGAUGGCAGCCCGGCUCGCCCAUGCAGGGGAAUUCUUGCAGGGUGGAAGCAGGUGAGUGAUGAGGCAUCAGGAAGGAGAAACCCGGUGGAGUGAAUCUGUGAUAUGAUUUAACCAUGAGGAGCCACACGUUUCCCUGCUGAGCAUUUUGCAGUGGGGGGGAUGUAGAGCAAACUGAGGGACAGAGCCACACUGGGGUGCCUGCAGCCUCUGUGUGCCAAAGAUUCAGGCUGGCAUCUGUAAGAGCUGGGCUGAGAACAGUGCGUAUGCGUCUUUAACCAGAAGCUAUCUUGCUGCUGGUCCAGGAGGCAGAAUCAAGGCUCUAGCUCACAUCAGUGUGCCAGGGUUCCUGAGCAGAACAAAAGGGCAUUGCUGGAGAAACAUAUGUGUAUGUGUUUAGCCUGGCUAAUGGAGAAAAUGCCCUUUUGCUCUCUAACGCUUUCAGUUCUACUGAACAGUCUUUGCCUGCAGAGAUUCUCCUCCCCAGUCAGGCACCCCCUGAUGAGAAAGGAUUUAAUCCUUCCGUGUGUCUGUCCCUGUCAGCUCCAUCUGAUGUCUCAGCUGAAUAAGAACUUCGCUGGAAGUUCACUGCUGCACUUCAUUCAGGUCUAAACAAAAGCCUAAGCGAAGGAAGCGUGGUAUGACACCAGCUAGAGCAGCAGAGGGCUUUGCCUCAGCUGGAAGUGCAGGAAAAUUUUAUAACCAAGGAAACAUGUUGAAAAUGCCCAGCUGAUCCCACUGGCAUGUUUCAGGGUGAUGGGUUGUUUUUUUUUUUUUUAAUUUAGUGGCUGCAGAGUGUUAAUAGCACAGCAGUGAUUCUUGGCUCUUACAGCAGAAACCUGUGCAGUGCCAGUUCCGCCCCCCCCCCGCCCCCCCAGCAACCCUUUUGGAAGCGAUUUGACAGCAGAGGAGGGAAGCAGCUAGGAAGCCAGGCAGGGGAGCAGGAGAGAGCAGACUGCUGUUGUUUGCAGUCAGGCUGGGAAGAGAAAUGCUCUCCUGCCUGUAAAAUCAAAGGCAUUGCCUACAAACUGCUGGCAAUUUGGCUUCUGGCAGUUUGGCUUCCCAGCAAAGUAUGGGGAACACAAAGCCAGCUCUUAUCACAUCCAGCAAUCUCCUCCAUGGAGAAGCUGCUGUUGUCAGUCAGGGCUGUGUGUUCCUGCCUUCCACGCUAGGCAGACCCCCACACGUGCUCUUUUACAGGUUCAUUGUCUCAGUUUCCAUGAGCCUCCAUCCAGGAGCUGGUGUCGCUUGUGCAAGAACCUUACACACGUUUGGUUUUACAGUUGCUGAGGCAAACAAGCUUCCCUGCUCCCUUCUAUGGGAUCUCCUGUGAUCACACCGAACGGGGUUUGAUGCAUAGUAGAAAACGUGGUCCUGCAGGCAAAACACUUACAUUUGCUCUAUUUUAUCCUAGAAUUCUGUGACUGAUGGCAAGUCAUUCAGUAUCUGUGGAUGGAGUUUGUCUCACUGAACAUCGAACUGCUGACUGCUCGAUCUCCUAACUGCUCGAUCUCCAAGGUUCCCUCUGUAGUCAGCUCAGCCCUCCACUGUGGACAUUUUUUCUCAGAUGUUCUGGAUCAUCUUCAGUGACCUUUUAUUCUCCACUGGCUAGAAAGGCAACCUGGAUGACUGGUUUCAGUUACUGGACAACUGAGGGAUUUCAAGGCAGCAGGAGACCAGAGCUAGCCUUCUCAAUACAGUAUACACCUAGCCAGGACUGAAGCAACUUCUGAGACUCAUCUCAACAUGUUCAGUGAGAAGAGCAGCGCCUCUUUGUCCCAGAAACCCACCCAGAAAAAGACACGACCUCAGGGCCUCCCCUCCCCCGCUCUCUGCUGCGCUUGUGGACUUUGCAUCAUGCUAGCAGGGAUCAACAUCACUUUAGUGGGAGCAUUUGCCUUUGGGACCUUCCUCCCUGUGAACAACCCUCCCAUCAUCAUCGGACCCAUCUUGCUGGUGGUGGCCUUCACAUUCUUUGGUGCCUGCUGCAUCUGCAGCCGCAGGCCUCCAGCUCAUGGAGCCAGGAAAUCCAAACCAGGCUCCAACAUUGGGCUCAUCAAACCUGGCAACACAGCCUUUGAAAUUGAAACUAGCGAGCACACGGUGCAGGAUACCACUGCCGUUCAGCUGAGCCCCACAAAUUCCCCCAUCUCCUCGAAAAAGUCCACGCCAGUUCAUGAGAACACGAAGACUUGCAAGCUCUUCACCAUGGAAGGCAAUGGGCCGGUGGCCAAGUACACCACAGGAGGAGAGGCAAUACAGCUCAACUUGCCCAGGGACCUGGCUGCAUCCUAAACCCAGGCAGAGCUUUUGUUAGCAGCCAGCCAGAUGUGCGAUGGGUGGGCUGGAGAUCUGUGAUGCACCAUUGGUUAGAGGUGUGGGAAAGGUCCUUGUGAAAAGCCAGCAGACAGACAGGUACCUCUGGAUCAUUUUAAGGGAGGUGGAUACAACAGCAGAGAAGUUCCGGAUUUUUGUUGAAAGGAACAUGCCCAUUACAUGGCUUUCUAAAAGAAAAUUGAUGAUGAUGUUGCUGUGAAAGGUUGACUCUCAGUUCCUGGGAAGACACAGGCUGUUUGGGGGAGCAGAUAGGAAGAGGGCUGAAUUAAUUUGUCUAGCAUAACAUGGAAAUGUGAGGGCUGGAAGGAGGGGCUACGCAGGGCUGACAAAUGACAGCUCUUUCUUCUCAGAAGUGAAGCAAUUCUUGAACAUAAAAGAAGCAGGAAUGCAGUAAAUUACAGCUUGCUGCCACUCAGUUACAAGAUUUCAGCAUUUUUAGUGCCAGGCUUUUUGGCAGUAGGGACAAAGCUAUGUGUUUGCUAUUGAAAAAGCAGUGUGAAACAAUCUCCCCUCUGUUGAAAAUCCUUGCCCCAUCUUGCCUUCAUUUGGGCGAUUUACCACCUAUUCUAAGAGACGGCAAAUCUACAAGGAUCACAAUUAGCACUGGUAUUUUCCUCUUGUUUUAAUCAGUUUGAUGAUCAACUGAUUAUUUGAUCACUGUGCUGCUCAGUGCAGUAGGUAUCUUAGAAGGUCAGCCAAGCUGAAUCCUCGAGGAUAAGCUCCUCGAGUAACCAGAGACUGGCAGGAGCCUGCAAAUUAAAUUUUUGGGCAACGAUUAUGUACCAAGUGCUAGGCACUUUCCUUUCCAUCUCUUUGUGGAAGGCUGGCCUGGGACACACAUCAGCUUGCAGCAGGGGGCAAAUAACUGUAUGGGCUUCAGCAUAGCUGUGCUAGAAGGUGGUGAGUGUAUCUCCUUCCCUGAAGAUCCAUAACACAGAGUGGGCAAUCAGGAGUGGACCUCCUUGCUGCAGGAAACUGGCUGCUCGGUGUGCUCAUGGGCUUGCAAAGCAACAGGCUGUGUUUGCAGAAGAGAACUGAUCAAGAGCUGUUCAACGCAAAGACACCCCAUCUCCCUGAUCUGAUGCUGCAAAUCGUUGCUGCAAAGGCUUUGUGUUCUUCCCUGGGUGACCCCAGCUGGGAGGACAGCACUGUGCUGAUGGGCCAUUGCUCUGACUCCUGUAGGGGCUGCUCACAUGUUUUAUGAGAUGUGGGACCAGUGUAGAGAAGGACAGAUGUGCUAGGCAGGACCCGUAUGUGGGGAGGCAGCACCAGAAGGAUGGAUUUUGAGCAGGAACAGCUGCAUAGGUUUUCUGUUUAUGGAAAUUCUAUAUUUGAAAUAGGGGUCUUGGGACUCAUAGUGACUAGGAAGUCUUAUGGACACAAGAGUAAUCGUACCAGAUCGUUCCAAAGGCCCAGCUAGCCCAGCAUCCAAUUUCUGACAACGCCAAGAGCAAGGUCUGGAGAAGAGCAUAAAGCUGGGGCAAACCCAGGGUGUUGCUUGCCCAAAAUGCUCUCCUAGCCUCCAAUGCACUAUUGCUUAGGAGCUUCCUGAGCUGGAAGUGGUGCCUGUAUUCAGUAGCCCUGAAUGGAUUGCUUCUUGACAAAAUAAUCCCUUUGCGCCUUGAAUGUCUGUGAGGUUUCAUUAUUUAUGAUCCUGCAGCGGGGAGUUGCGCAGUUUCAUGAGAGGCCAUAAAAGUUCUCUAUCCUUGGUUUAUUUUCAUCCUGCACCCUACUGGUUCCCUUUGAUGCCCCAAGUUUCCCAGAUUAGGAGGACCAGCAACCAGUCCAUGCCGCCCACCACUCAGGUUUUCUGUGGCCUUUGUUAUGUUUCCUUCAGCCAGCUCUUGCGUCACAUCCCAUCUGUAAUGGUUCCCAUUCAGCCCAGCACCAGCUGUUUGCUAGGCUGAGGACAACAGAGCCCUGAGGUGUCAGCCGGCAGAAAUGGGUGUCUGGAGAGGUGGGAGGGCUGCAGGGAAAGGAGGAGGAGGAGCAGAGGGAGAGGUUGUGACGUGGCCAUGGGCCACCAGCAGACCUCUGCAUGGCCGGGCUUUGAGAGCUGUAUGGCUGGUGUGCUGAGUUGCGUGGUGGCAUGUGGGGUCAUGGGGGACCUGGAGAGAAGAGUCAAGGUGCUGUACAGCCCAUGCAUGAGGUGUCCUGGUUGCUCUGGGGAGCUGCUGUGCAGCUGAUGUCCCCUUCAUGAGCUGGGGUAGGAUGAGGUUGAAUUUCAUUCCUUGAUGAGAGGCAAGCAAACUCUCUUGCUGUGGGUCCUCCUUGAGUGCUCCAACAGUUCCCUGCCUUGAACAUCUGCUUCUACACCAGGGGAUUACCCCUGUGAUUUUAUCAGGGCUGGUCUACUGGCUAGGAGGGGCAGAAGCAGGCUUAGGAGAAGGAUGUUUGUGUGGGCCUGGGAAGAUGUGGUUUCAAGUCUCUGGUACAGACUCCAGGUCCUGGGCAAAUAAUUUCAUUGUGCUACUGCUCAGCUCCCUGCCUGUGCGAGAGCGAAAACCUUCUCCCGACUGCACUGAAAGCUGCGUUAAAGUUGUACACGUUGCCAAGCAGCACGUUGGUGUUGGCACACCUGAGUCUGGAUGUUGCUUGAAGAUGGGUGAAUCUGUAUGGUCUGAUCUCUGCACGCUCUCCAUUAGAGCUCAUUGUCACGGGUGGGCUCUGCCUCCAGCACUGGCUGCCCUUUGGCACACGGGAACUGCUGUAGCAAUUAAACAGAACAGCUCGCCGAUGUAGGUUUGAUUCCCAGCUUGCUGGCUCACUAUCCUUUUGGAGUAGCACACAACAGGCUGGAAGUCCUUUAGAGGCAUUGACCACAUGAAUACGGUUACUGCAGCACUUUCCUUUGAGCGCUUGGAGCCAAAAACAUACUGACACCAAGUGGUAACCACACAACUCUUUUCUCUACUCGCUGAAGGUUUGAAAGCCAAGCCUGGAGUGUGCGUACUGGAAUCACUCCGUAUUGCAGCUGUGCCGUGAAAUGCUACCAGUGAUGGAUCGUGCAGUGGCGUAUCCCAUACAAAUGAAGGCAAAAGCCCCUUGGGCAGGAACGGAGGCAGAAGCAGGACUUUGCGGGGAGUCUAGGAGUUUAGCCUGGUUCGCACUGGUGGUGUGGCAUCCCAGCCGGUACCGUACAGGGAACUCUGACAUAGCCCCGACACCUGGUGCAUCCUGCGCAGCACGUGCAGGUCACUGUAAAGCUGGUGUUGCUCUGGGAGUUGGCACCCUUGGGACCCAAGAGACAACAACCAGCAGAGAUUGUGCCUGGGCAAGCAGAGAUGUAGGACCAGUGAGAUUCUGAUCCCCUGGUGCGGUGGGUCUGUAUGCCAAGCUGUGACCACAACUGCCUGCCUGCACAGCAAGGUGGGCAUGGGAACAUCUGCUGCCUUCUGAAGCAUGAAUGCCCUGCUUUUGCCUUUUUCUGUCUUUCAGGAUUUCCACGUCUGUCUGUCUGUCUGUCUCCGUGAUUGGCCGUGACUAAUGUGAAUCUCGCGCCUCCUUUGUGUAGUGGAGACAGGGAGAGUAUCUUGUUCUCUAAGUCAGCAUUUCUGGUGUGAGUCUUUUUUAAAAUUACUAUUUGCAUGUGUGCCAUGUGGAAUUUGGAGAAGACAGACUCAUUAAAAUGAUUGCACUCAGUAAGCAUUUGGCCUGCCUGCUCUUUCACUCUACCAGCCACCUUCUCCCUUACCCCCAGACUAUGUGUGCCCCAAGGCUGUCUGUAUUCAUUUUGCCUUGUGCUCCCCACUCUCUAAAUUGUCUAAAUUUGUCUAAAAUUGUCAAACCCAAUGUCUAAAAUUGCUUGAUUUUAGACAGUGCAAGCAGCUGCAAGGAAAAAGCAUCCCUAUGAGUUCAUGUUGCCUCUUGAAUGCCGUUGCUUAUUGAAGCACCAGUUGCCUAAGCACUGGCCCCACCGCAGACUCCUGCUGUCAUUGCUUUGGCUAACAGGAAUAGCCCAAUUUAGCUGCCUUUUUCUGCAUGUGUGUGUUAACCCCCAGCUGUGUACCUGAACAGGCCUCCAGUUUAUUAGGGACACAGGAGGAGCAGGUUUGUGGUCUGGGGUGGGUGAAGAUCAUGGACUGUUCUGAAUUCCACCCCUUGGGUACUGGAGGACUGGACUGGGUUAUUUUAGCUGAUCCUACCCAGCCCUGGGUAUAGAUGGUGUUUAAUUUAUGGUGCGGGUAAGGGGUGGAAUCUGUAUCUGUGUGUGUUUGUGUGUGUCUAGGAUUGGUGCCAUCACCUUUCCAUGCUCCUUCUGGGCUUAGCCCAACAUGGUCUCCUGGAGAUGAGUCAAGGAGGGAUAGCACAGCGAGAAUAAAGAGGAUUUGAGAGGCUUGCAAAUUCACCUCGUCAAAGGGCUUCUCUCCCAUGUGCAGCCAAGUGAUUGGAGAAGAGAGGAAAUCUCUCCGUUCCAGGCAGGCUGGCUGGUUAAAGACCUGGGAAAUGAGCUGGCUAAGAAGGCUCCACUGACAAUGUGUGUAAAAUGAAAACCUGCUCCCUUCAGAAAGGAUUUUUUUUGGCCAUUAGGAAGAACUCCCUGGAAGGAUUUUUCUUUUUUAAAAGUGGGACCAGAGAGAAAAGCAUAGAGGAGGGUUUGCUGAGCAUCCAAUUCUGCCCUCCUGGACUUGCAGCCUGCAGCAUUCCUGCCAUGGCAGCUGCCCAGAGCUAACCUGGACCAUGAGCUUCCCUCUCCAUCUGGAAGAAUAAAACAGAAACAUUACAUGAAAUGUAAUUAGCGUUUUCUAAUUCCCUGCCCAACUUUAUUUGUAGCUAGUUUAUUUCCUUUUACUCUUGUACCAACAAUGGCUUUAAUCAAGAUGCCUUUUUGCCUCCUAGAAAUUUGUAUCCCUGAAACAUUGUGAAAACCCCCCAUCUGUUAAAAAAAAACAAAACCAACAACAAACAACCACACCAAAAAAAACCUUUGAUAUCAUUAGUCUCCAAUAAGUCCAUAGCAAACGUGGUCAAUCUAGAGGCUGAAAGGCUGGUUAUCUCCAGCUGUCAGAUGCUGUCUGCUCAGCUGAGCUUUCACAUCCAUGGGAGAGACCCUCAGACACUGCUGGCUGCCCCCCUACAACAUACUCCAGGAGAGGCUCGUAUAUUUGUUUUCUAAAACUCUCGGCUAUCAGACCGGUGACUGCAAAGAGCUCUUCAUUUGGGAUGGCCUCAGAGUGACACUCCUGCCCCUGUCCCCAGGGUGGUGUGAAGCCACAGGAGAUGCUCAUCCUCCUCAGCAGCACCCCCUUUUAGAUGGACCAAGGAUAUGGAGCAUCUUCCCUGGUGUUGUCUUCCAGCAUUUGCUUUCUCAUCCUUCCUAGGGAAGCUGGGAGCUUGACUUUUUUCAUUUUAAUAUCAAUUUAAAACUCUUGGAGACUGGCUCCAUGCAAUGGUGGCUAGUUUGGGGGCUUCUGCUGUCCCAGCUGCCCCCACUGCUGCCCCAGAGAGCUCCAACAAGGAGGGGAUCACCCAGGCUCACAGUGAACCACCAGGCAGCUGGACAAUCAGGGUUGGUCAGCGAGGAUUGCUCCGUACAGGCUUGUUUCCAUGGCUUUGUUCAGUCUAAUUUAUAGAGUUCACGGGGAAAAGAUUUCUCCGUUUCCAUCAACAGAUCUCCUGCUACUUGUAAUUACUCUCAGUCUCUGUAGGACCUGCACAUGCUGACAGGGCUUUGAAUUCUCAGAGCACAGAGGAUGUCAGGACUGGGAGGACAGAUUAUGUUUUUCAAGGCAUCCUUGCAUACAAAGACUCCCCAGGAGUUUUUCCAGGGAGCACAUAUUCAUCAGGAAAUUCUCAUUUCCUGAAAUUCGCUGGUCCUGAGAAGACACUGGUUCUCAUGAUGCUUUUGCCAGGAAAAAACUUCCCAGGGUCCAGAUGAAAUUUCCGAUCCGAACACUUGAGAAUUGCUCUAUUAUUCAAUCCUCCAGACACCCCUAAAAUGAGAUCUUGCUGGGCUCUGUCUCCACAUGAGGACCAAACUUCAAAAGCAGUUUUGGGGCUACAGUCCCCUGCUUUUAAUCAAGUCCAAAAAGCCAGAUCUCUCUGCAAUGGUGCUUUUACUAAGCCGUGCCUCCCGAGAUCUGCGUACCCUCCCGAAACCAUCGCAGGAGGUCUCCCCUGCUGAAAUCUUUGCUGGAGUGUCUGGCAUCAGUCUGCUGUGACAAUGAACACAGCUUCCAGUGUGGCUCUCUGGCCUCGUGCCAGAUGGGUAUUUAAUGAAGUUUUCUAUAAAGUCGGGCAGAAAAAUGAUUUCUUUUGCUGGCACAUAGGCAGAAAAGAUGCUUCUUUUGGAGACAAAUCUUCCUCUGUUAUCUUGGUACGAGAAAUCAGUAUGAUUUAUGGUUCGUCUUUUUAUCUCCAGCUGAGCCAGGCGAAGAUGAUGCUGUCAUUAGGAGCUGAUCCUCCUCUCGUUGCGAGUGGCUGGUGCUUUAUCCUGUUUGCUGUCUCUGGGGCUCUGCACUCUCCUUUUGGAGACUGAUUUUGCAUGUGUGAAGGACAUGCUGCCAGCAAACCCAAGGGGGCUGGCUUCUGCAGCCUCCUUAGGGGUAGGCCCAUUGCUGCUCUCUGUGCCCCAUGGCUGUUGUGCAAAUAAGCAGCUUUGAUUUCUGGGUUGGGAACCUUCCAUGGGGCCAUCGAGUUCACUGGUGAAAAAUAACCUUUGGCUAGAAAUUACAGCUGCACGCGGGAGCGGCAGAGCUGUUUGCUCCAGGGAAUGAGGCAAACCCAGGUAGUAGAGCAUGGAAAGCUCCCUGAGGCUGCUUUCAGCGCCGCACUGCGUGAUGGUCCCCAAAGGGCUUUUCUUUCUUGUCCUUCAUCUGGAAACACUGACCGGCCCCAAAACCAAGGCAUAUUUUUGCUGCAUCCUUGCUGGAUAAACCCUUUUUCAUGGCCAUAAAUCCCUGGAAAUCCCACUGAAUGCAGUCUUACACUGUGGUGAUGGCCAGUGGUCCCAUCCAUGCCUCUGGUGUUCCACUAUGUAGGCACAAGUAAGGCAGCCCCUGCUCUGGCUAAAGAGAAAGACAGCAGGUAAGAAAGGAAACUGAGGCACAGAGCUGAAAAGGGGGUCUCAGCUGAAAGCAUUAAUCUUGAUUUUCCCAGAGAAAGAAAAAACCCUCAACUCUCAGCAUCUGUAACAUCCUGGGGCAAGGAUUUCCAUGCCUUAACUCUGUGUUGCACGGAGACCCACCUGCUUGAGCAUGCUGGCUUUAUUUGAAAGAGGGAGGAAAACCCACCUCUUUUCUCGAUUAAACCUCAAAAUCACCUUUUGGGUGGGCCACAUUAAGACACUCCAGAAACAGCUGUAGAUUCCCUUGUUCAGGGCAGCGAUGUCCAAGGGUGAGAGAUACAGAGGUGGGUUUUCUCUGCAGGGAACGGAGCGAAGAACUUAGUGAACCUGUUGGCUGUUGUUCUCCUGGCGUGAUGCAUUUCCCUGGCAUAACGCUGAAUCUCCCACAGCUCUGGGCUACAUGUAUUUUCAUAGAGCCUCAUUAAAAACAUAUCUUCAGUUCUGAAAAUCACAUUUGUUCUAAAUAAGGGCUGUCUGCUGGGAGAAUUAAUUCCUCCGACUUAAGUCACCUCCCUGGAAAUGUUGCUGUUGUCUUCGAUUUCAUGGCUCAGAUGAUUAUGCUUUUCCAACACCCAAGAAUAACAAGAUUAGGGAAUUUGUGGCAAUGAAGGCAAAGAGGAGUAACUGGCUAAGAAAUAGGGAAGAUAAAUUGAAUUUUCCUCUUAAAAGAAAAGGAAAUGGCUAUUUCACAGAAACAAUUUUGCUUUCAGGAAAUAACAGUGGGGAAAACUCCCUGCUUGAACCAAAGUCUCUUAUUAAACCUAUCAGGUUUGUUGUUGCAUUCAAAAAGCUUCAUGAUUCUUAGAUAUGCUAUCUAAAGCUAAUUUGGGAAGUAUUAAAUCCAGUCCCGUUAAUUAUAAAUUAGUGGAAAAAUGCAUGUAAAUUGGCAGGAAUUGGCAUCAAAUGCACCACUGGUGUGACUGCAGCAGUACUGCAGUGGAGGCACAGCUGCCUGCUGCUUCUCAUCUCUGGCCAAACCUUUCCAGAGGGUUACACAUCCUUGUGGGGAAUAGAUGGAAUAGAUGAGGGCUCCCAGGGGCAUGGGGGAAAGCUUGCUGUCCAGAAGAUAAGUGAAACCAUUGGGAAAAAUCGAUUCAGGGCUUUGAUCUAUGUUUGGAAAUGAUCUUGUUGAGACAGAGGCAUCCAGAGAUGGCAGUUGCCAUCCACCCAUCAGCGAGGCACUGGGCAUCCCUCUGCCCCUGUGCAACCAGGAGGGAAAUCCAGGGGAGCGGCUCAAGCUAGUGGAUUUUCCCUAAUAAUUUAGGCAAGCUGGGAGCAAGCCUGUGGACUCCUCGCAGGGCAUGGCUGGCGGAGGGGCACUCCAGGAUGCAGGGGAGGUGGGGAGCUGCAGGACCACGCUGAAACUGAGGAUGCUGAGAUUUUGCCGACUGGGAAUGAAGAUAUUCUGAAAUGGGGCUGAUUGCUGUGUGAGCGUGCAUGGCCCACACAGCUGUGCGCAUGUAUGUGUGCACCCCACACUCCUACUGCCAAAACUCAAAGGAGCAGCAAGCUGGCUUUCCUCUGCGAUGCCACGGAUGGGAAGAAAACACCCUCCUGGGAGGGGCAACUGCUAAAGGGAAAGGCUCUUCUUUGGUGACACCAGGAGCACUUCAGCAGGGCUAACGCUUACAACAUCAUUAGGCUUAAUGUUUCUGUUAUUUGUGCUGUCAAUUCUCUUAAUGGCGCUCCAGCAGCAUGGAGUGGAGUGAGUCAUAAAGGUAAUUAUUAACUAGGCUAUGGCACUGAAAAGGCAUUCGAAGUUCAAUUCAGCGCCAGCCUUGGUCGAUGUGGAUGGUGUACGUUUGUUAAAGAGCAGGUGCAAAGUGCAUUUGCUGAGGAGAGAAAAGGAGAAACCCCAUUCAGUGUGAAAUAUUUUGCCUUAUUAUCUUCAUAGGGAAAUACAUAGUAGCAGGUGGAGGGUGUGAAUAGCAGCAGGGGCGUACCUCUUGCUCCCCACAUUUUUAAGAGCACUUAAAACACAGGCACUCUGGGUUUUACUACAUCAGUGCCCAGAC